CACUCCCAUCUCUCAACAAUUCAAAAAGGAAUAAAAGAAAAAGUCAUUAAUCAGCUGUUGAAUGUUGAUUUUGAAAAAUCAGUCUUUCUGAAAAAAUUCCCCCCUUUUGUUUUUAUAACCUUCAAAUUCAUAUAUAUUUACUUUUUGACUUUGUUUUGCAUUCCCAUUCUUCUUCUUCUUCCUCUUGUUGUUUUCUUCUCAAUCAUUUCUGCAAAAGAAAACCCAUUUUUUUUGGCUCUUCUUUUCUGUUCCAAAUCCCGAGAUCUCUGAAACCCAUUUCUUCUUUUCGCUUGAUUCAUCCAAUUCCUCAUCUGGGUAUCUUCAGUUUUCUUUUUCAAACUUUAUUUGAUUAGAUAAAUCUGGUAAAUGAUGAAUAAAAUCAUGUCUGCUUAUUGGAUCUUUUCUGUAAGUGAAGCUUCCUAGGAAUUCUCUGGUUUUUUAUUUUUAUUUUUUGGGUUUUCUCUCCUUUGUUGCAUCAUCAACAACAUUUCUUUAUUUCAUCCCCAAUUUUUAAUGAUUUAAUCUCCACCAAAACCUCACAAAUCCAGCUCAUUUAACAAGGGAUGUUCUCUUAGUCUUAUUCAUCAAAUCACAUUUCAAAAUUCCCAUAUUUUUCUUCACUGUUUUCCCUUUUUCUUUUCCCCUGUUUUUUUUUUUAUGGGUUGUGCUAGUUCCAAGCAAAAACGAUGCCGCCAUUGCCGGGCUCCUUAUUCGCCUGUUCCAAGAAGCUAUUCGAUGCAUGUUCAUCAUCCGGCUCAGCACACUGGCGAUAGCUACCAUGUCGUAGCGUUAACAUCCACAACAUUAGGCACUCUCAAGCUAGAAGACAACCACCACAGCAAUGGCGGCACCAUCAACGUUGCAGCUUUUGAAAACGGCUCCAAAAUCAAUGGGGAUUUGAAGGAAGUUGAAGAAGAGAGUAAAGGGUUGAAUAUGAAAGUGAUUGAAGCCAAAAUAUGGUCGAAAAUGCUUGAAGAUAAGAUUCCAAAAGUUGUCCCCAAGACGCCUAUUCGGACUCCUCCUGGAGAGCCUGAAACAAUCAAUACAUGGGAAAUGAUGGCAGGGCUUGAAGAUAUUAGUCCCCUUCGAUCUCCAGGUCAUUUCAGGAGUUUUUCUUUUGAUGUUCCAAAGCCUAAGUGGCUUCAAAUUGAAGACACUGAUGAUAAUAAAGCUGAUUUGGGGGUCACAGAUUUCGACCCUGAAAUCAUUUCUAGCUUUAGGGAAUCACUUAAAAAGGAUAAGGUUGUUCUGUAUUUUACAAGUUUAAGAGGUGUUCGAAAGACAUACGAGGAUUGUUGUGAUGUUAGAGUGAUUUUGAAAAGCUUGGGAGUUCGUAUCGAUGAACGAGAUGUUUCAAUGCAUUCAGGGUUCAAAGAGGAAUUGAAAGAGCUAAUAGGAGAAGGGUUUAAAGGUGGAUUACCAAGGGUAUUUGUGGGGGAAAAAUACAUCGGUGGAGCUGAAGAAGUAAGGCGAAUGCAUGAAGAAGGUAAGCUAGAGAAGGCUGUCGAAGGGUGUGAAAUGGUGGGUGAUGAUGGUGAUGGCAAUGGGGGAGGAAGUGGAGCUUGUGAAGCUUGUGGGGAUAUCAGAUUCGUGCCAUGUGAGACUUGUUCAGGGAGUUGUAAAGUGUAUUAUGAAGAUGAUGAAAGGGAAGAACAAGAACAACAAGAACAACAAGAAGAAGAUGAUGAUGAGAAUGGAGGUGAAAAGGGUGAGUAUGGAUUCCAAAGAUGUCCUGAUUGUAAUGAAAAUGGACUCAUUCGAUGUCCAAUUUGCUGCUGCUGAAUUAUUACUUCAUGAAAAAACAUAAAAAAUUUGGCCUUAUUAUUGGUGUUGGUUUUCUGAUCUUUCUUUUGUGAGUUUGCUUGGUGUACAGUGAGGAAUUUUCAUGAUGUAAUUUGAGUACAUCAAAUGGGUGUAUACUUAUUAUUAUGUUCCCUUUCUAAAAGGAAACUUUGUAUACUUUCCUAUAAAUGGAGAGAUUAUACUUUCUAGAGAUUGCAAUUA